AAAAGACUUAAGAAAAUAAAGAAGAGUGGUCCUUAAAAUGUACGCUUUAGUUGAUUGAGUUGUCAAUUCACAGUGCAAAGUAUAGGACAUUUUUAAAAUUGUUGAAUAUUUGGUAAACUGCUAAUAGAAUCCUUUGAAAUAAAUUAACAAAAUGCAGAGAGUGAGUUUGAAGCGUAUGCGCUCUGAGGAAUCCUCACCAUAUAUUCUACAAACUAAGAUGCACGUUAAUGAAAAGAUUGUUGAUUCCCAUGACAGCAACAAAAUGAAACAGAUCUAUGCAAAAACAACUAAGAUGCUAUUCCAAGCUGCCCGCUCUGUCAGCAACAAUAACAUCCAGCCUGACCGCAACAAGAAGACUCCACUCCACCGUUUAGUAGUUAUUUCAGGCAAUGGUCAAAUCGAACCAGCUAAGCAGGCCGAUGAACAAGACGACGAAUUCUUGUGGGUUCGACGCAAGGCCAAGUGCUGCAAUAGAGAUACCUAUGUUCAGGAUAAAUGUGUGAACUGCCAAAAUGAUUUGUGUGAAGAAUGUGGCUAUUCGUGCGUCGAGUGUGGAAAGUUUGUAUGCAGUCCUUGUAUUUCUUUGUUUGGUAGUGGAAAUGUCGAACAACCAUUAUGCGAAAAAUGUUCCCUGUUUGCUUAGGUCUGACAUAUGACCAUUAGCGAUGAGAUAUUUCUUAUUUAUAAUAGUUGUAGUAAACAUUUUGUUUUUUUUUCGAAUAAAAAUACCUUUAUGAAUUGCUGGUCAAUAUAUAACAACAAA